AUGGAACAUCUUCUAUCGUGGCAUAGACCACAAGUACAAGCUUUCAUUGGAUACACUGCAAGCAAUGGAAACUUCAUGACCAAGACUGUUGAUGAAGCUAAGGUUCUUAUUGAGAAUCUUGCAGCUAGUGAUUGUAACAACUGUCCUGAUUAUGACCGCUCAAGCCGCACCACUACUAGCUCCCCUGAUUCUUUUCAAAUGACUGAACUCAAGAACAUGAUGGCUCAAGUUCUUAAGGGACAGCUCAAGCAUAUCAAUGCAAUAGAAGGGAUGAGUGAUGCUAAUGAAGAUUCAUCAAGAGAAUGCAUGGGAGAUUUCUCUAAUGAAGCCAAUGAAGAAGAUGUGAACUACAUUGGAAACUAUGGGAACAAGGGAUACAAUCCAAGCUAUCGCCCAAACCCCAACAUGUCUUAUAGAAACCCCAAUGUGGAGAAUCCUCAAGACCAAGUGUAUCCUCCAAGGUAUCCACAACAACAAAGACCUCCUUACCAAUCUCAAGGAAGUCAAUUUCAGCCAAGGCAAGGAUAUGAGCAGAGAUCAUCAUAUCCGCCCAAGGAGCCAUAUGCUUCUUCACCAAAUCAAGCUCCUCCAAACCAACAAGGUGGGAGAUUUGAAGGAAUCCUCCAACAGAUCAUGGAUGGCCAGAAGAGAAACACUAAAGAGAUGUAUGAGAAGAUGGACACUUUGUUCAGCAAUCUCAACACCAAGUAUGAUGCUGUUGCCACUCAUGUGAAGAAACUAGAGACUCAAGUCACUCAAACUAUGGAAGCUGUUAAGAGACAGGAAGCUGAAUCCAAGAAGUCCUUUUGCAACUCAGCCGCCAUAGAAGAAAGAUUUGAAGACCAAGUUCCAGAAUGGAUGCUUUCAAAACCUACUGUUGAUUGCAUGAUUUGGCCUGAAGAGAAUUACCCAGAGAGAGAGUCCAAUCGAGCUAGAAAGAGAAGACUCUUCCCAAAGAUUAUCCCCAAGACAGAUAACUCAGGAAAGUUUGUGUGCCUUGUAUCAUCAAAGAUUGGAAAUUGCUCUAUCCCUACUGAUUUCCAGAUUGUGGAAAUGAGAGAGAGUAGCCAUAGACCUCUCAUAUUUGGAACCCCUUUCCUGUCUACUGUGGGUGCCAUAUUUGAUUUCCCCAAUCAAAGAAUCUCUUUCAACAAGGUGAACAAGGGUAUGUUCUUCCCUAUGUGUUCAACAAAGAACUCUUUUGUUGACAUGGUCCAAGAGGAGAAAGCUACUUUGAAGCCACCCCAAGAAGGAGAAACUGAAGAAACAAUCAAGGAAGAUCCCAUUCCUAAGCCCAAGCAGCUUGCCAAACAAGCAAGGAGUAAGACUAAGGCCCCUACACCAAAACCGCCCAAGGGAUCAACCAAGAUUGAAGAUGAGGCCAAGCCAAGAAGGAAGGAUAGAAGGAGAAAAAGGUGUGAAAACACAAUCCGCGCCAAAACAUUGGCCGCGGACGCGCAAAAGAAAUUUUGGCCGAGCAAAUUCCAAUCUGGCCGACCGUCACGGUCGAGCCGGGAAGGAAUAAGCCGUGCUCGGCCGGAUCAUCUACUUGCGCGACAGAAAACGUUCGAGCGCCACGCGCGAACCGGGAAAGAUUCGGCCGCGAUCGGCCAAACAUUUUCGUAUCGAACGGCCAUAUCGAGAGAUCGCGUCCGAACGCGCAGUCCGGCUGGCCGAGGAACGAAUGUUCCGCGCUCGGCCAAAACCGUGUUCGUCCGACUGAAGUCUCGGCCAAAGUCCAAUACCUCGGCCGAUCACACAGCACGACCCGGGAAACAUACGCCCGCGGUCGGCCAAGUUCCAAACGUUCACGCCACACCGCGCACGACCAAAGCGCGCGAGCCGGGAAACAAGGCCUCGCGGCCGCGCAACCCGUUCCGCGUGCCACGGCCGAUGCAUCCGUCCGAGCCGGGAAAGAACGUCCCACGUCCGGCCGAGAAUCCUCAUCGGCCAAAUCUCAAUCCGCUCGACCACGCCGACCGACCGUGA